AUGGGAAGCUCCGAGUACGGUGCACUUGACGCUGGAGUAGGUCCGAUCGUCUGGGUUCGUCGGAGGAACGGCUCCUGGUGGCCGGGCAAGAUACUUUGUCCCGACGAGCUUGCAGAGUGUAAUCUCUCCUCUCCUCGAACCGGCACCCCUGUCAAGCUCCUCGGAAGAGACGACGCCAGCGUGGAUUGGUAUAACCUUGAGAAGUCUAAGCGUGUCAAGCCGUUCAGAUGUGGGGACUUUGAUGAAUGCAUUGAAAAGGCUGAAUCUUCCCACGGGGUGCCGAUUAAGAAAAGGGAGAAGUAUGCUCGUCGGGAAGAUGCUAUCCUUCAUGCUCUUGAGCUUGAGAAGGAGCUCCUGAAGAAACAAGGAAAAUUAGGCAUGACUUUUGAUCAUUCUAGAAGGACAUCAUCGGGAUCUGCAAAGAAGGAAAUUGUCACUCUUUAUGAUGAGCUGGGGAAUAAUUGCGCAAAACCUGAUCUAUACCAAUUUCAUAAUAGAGUAGUAGAUGUCAAAGAUGAGGCAGUUAGCAGUCCCAUGCAUUUGUUGCAAAUGAGCGAAGGAAACAAAAUAUCCUUGGCUGAUGAUCAUUCUGAUGAGAUGCCGCGGAUGAGAGACUUACGGGAUGUUGGGCUUAGAACUGCCCAUUUGAAGCGGAAGCUGUCUUCUUUUGACUUUGAUAAUAGGUGUCCAGAAAAUCCAGUCCCUGCUAACAGCACCCUUAGCACUGAUAAUGGAGUUGAGCAGCCCGAAACUCUUUCUUGUGCAAAGAGAAGCAAAUUGGUUUACUUCCCAACUGAAGGUGGAGAGUUGAUUGAUGAUAAAGGCCUAUCUUCAGGCCAGGUUAAGAUGUUCCCCAUUGAUGUCUCCCUGUCACAGUUUGAUGAGAAUGACCGCGAUCCUCAACAAAGUUUGCUGAAUGAGGAAAACUCUUUGUCUGACUUUAUGGAGGAUGUUGGGCAUAAUUCUACUGAAUCUGAUUCUUCCGAGUCUGAUUUCUCUGCUACUGAGCCAGAAAUGAACGAUGAAGUGGCUGUCUUUUCAGAUGGGACCAUAGAAACUCAACUUGAUGGUUUGGCCGGACAUGGAGAAGAUGGAACUACAAGCAGCGAGGAGACAGAUGACUCUGCAUUUUCUGGUGGCAUGCCUCCUCACUAUCUGGAGGAUCAUCCUUACCUUGCUAGUAAUGAGACAGUGUCCAAAUGGCAAUUGAAAGGGAAAAGGAACACACGUAAUCUUACAAGAAAGUCUCUGGACAGAGGCAAUGGAAAGUUCUCUCACCCUUACAAAACAAAAGGAAGCACCUUGGGCUCAUAUGCUGUUCAUGAUGAUGAUGACGAAGACGAUGAUGAUGACGACGACGAUGAUGAAUAUGGGACAAGAUAUUUCGAGUCCCGCAAGGGUCGGCUGAAUGAUGAUGGCUUUUCUUAUGGUUUCCAGAGAAGUCAUCGUCCAAAUACUUUUGGUCAAAAAUUGAUGAGUUGGGAUGACAUCACUUGGGAGGAGAGUCCUGCUUUCAGGAGCUUUUGGAAGGCCAGCAGGGGAGAUCAUUUUAGUCCUUUUGGUGGCAGAGGGCGGUCAAUGUUAAUAGAUGUGGAUUUGAAGGUGAAAGCAAGCUACCAGAAAGAAGCAGCUGUUCCUAUUGUGUCUCUCAGGAGCAAAGUAGAUGGAAGGGCAAUAAUCGGGCACCCGAUCCAAGUCGAGCCCCUGGAGUAUGGCUCGACCGAUGCUCUCCUGGUUUCCACAAGUGAUCACUGUAGCAGUGAGACAACAUUCGAACACCACGAUAGGAAGGGGGAUACAGCUGCAGUACUUCAACAACCAUCCUGGAGAACUGCAAGGAGGACCAAUAAUUUCAGGGUUCCAAGGCCUGUCAGUGGUCAGGUUCCCCGAGUCGGUGGUUCGGGUCGUAGAGGGUCGACCGGAGGUGGUGGAGUCCGGAAGGGCAGCAGUGGUCAGGUUCCUCGGCCUAUGAGGAAAGUGGGUAAGAAGAAAGCGGGGGGCAUGUUGUCAUCUAAUCAGAAGACAAGGAUGCUCUCCUCCAUAGGGUUCCAACAGCAUAAGGGCGUAAGUAGUAGCAGCAGCGGUGGCGGCAGCAGCAGCAGUGAAAUGGGUGGUGGGGUUAUGAAAGGGGAGACUUCCGGGCUCACCACGGUGGCUUGCAUACCUGUGAAGUUAGUAUUCAGUAGGUUGCUGGAGAAGAUAAACAGACCACCGUCAUUUGGAGUCAAGUAG